AUGGGCAAACAAACAGUCUUUUUGGCUUUAAUUUCUCUCGUGUUGUUUCACAUCGGAAAAUGUCAAACUCCGAAAUCUACUCGGCUAAUCGAAGUACCAGACGGUGAUAAUCUCACUUUUCAGUGUGAAAUCCCCCCGGGAACCAACUUGAAGGGCCACUCUCUGGUUCUGAAACGAGUCGAUGGAAACACAAGUUACACCACACGUGUCAUCUACACCCGUCGAAAUGGAAAGGAAGAUCUUGAUUCACAGCCGGAGCAAUACAGAAACCGGGUAAACUUCAUCAAUGAAGACCUGAGGAGAGGAUUCAUGACUGUACAGAUCCGAUCAGUCCAGCAGUCUGAUAGCGGAAAGUACAAAUGGUUUAGCCCAAAUUCACACCACGCCUGUGUUUUUGAUGUGUUUGUGACAGAGAAGCAAAACUUUACCAAGGAGAAUGACACUAGCACAACAGCAACGUUAACAGAGGAAAUGCCAGAUACAGAUCCUGCAACAGAGAACCGUCGUCAUCAUUAUGCCCUCAUUCCCGUCUUUGCUGUUUUCAUCGCUACUGUUUUCCUGAUGCUCUUCAAGAACAGGAUUUGUAAGACAUGCCAAAGGAAGACUGAAGAAAAAGACUCUGAGCUGGAAACCCAGGGUAACAAAGCAAAGGAAGGAGAUGAAGAGGAACAGCUCAAGAAACCAUCAGCAGGAGGAACUGAUGGACUGAAAGGAUAAUCUCAUCAUCACGGCCAGAGAAAAGAAGCCUUUUUGAAUAUCCACCAUUUGGGCCAUUCAUCUGAUCCUUCUGUCAGUUGCUCAGGUGCAUAUUUCCUGGAAACGUAGAAAAAAGUAAGAUUGCAGUUAACAAAUUGUUUUAUGAAUUAUUUGGAAAAUCAAAUCACUUAAUAGUCCUUUGUAGCUGUCCAGGGUGCAGUUUGUAAAAAAAAAAAACCAAAAGCAGGGAUUUGAAAGCCUUUAAAGCCCAUGAAAGUGUCCACAAUCCCAUUAACUAUUUUAAAAUCCUGGUAGAAUUGCAACCGAAUAAGCUAGAGCAAUAAUUUUUUGCAUAUUAAAACAGAGGAGUUGUACUUCCAUAUCAUGUAUUUAACUUGUCCCAGGUUGCAGUUUCCUUCCACUAAUGGCUUUGCAAAAAGUGCAAGAAACAACAAAAAAAUUAUUAUUAUCCAGGCAAACGUUUUGCCGAUCUGAUCAGCUGUUCACAGCACUUCCUGCGUUUGAAUAAACUUUAUCAUGUUGUCAGCAGGAACUGACAUUUUUGUGGGAAAUGUAGUUUUUGUUUUUUUUGUUUUUUCAGAAAGUUCA